AUGCCUUCAACAGGCUUCCUCCGACUAUUACCGGAGCUGCGCAACACGGUCUACCAGCACAUCUAUAUCAGAGCAAGGCGCUACGUGUCUGGUCGAGACUGGUCUAGCGCCACCUACGGCAAUGGGCUAUUCUUCACAUGUCGACAGAUCUACCAGGAAACCAUCCAUCAGUACCAUUCCUUCGACUUCGUCUUCCUGACCGGUUCCACAACGGACUACAGCUGGCUUGAUAAGAUAGGCUCGGAGGUCAGGAACAAGCUGUUAAAUGCAGCGGUCGACACGGAGUCUUUUGGGGUUGAGCCAAGAAUGUUUUUCUAUAUGUUGUCACGAUGUGAACAGCUCUCGCGGAAGAUAGGUAUCCGCCUAAGCCGUCUCAUUUCCAUGUGGCAGAACGGUGCCUUUGAGUCCAUGCAUGGCUUUCAUUGGGCUAGAGCUAUUGCUUCACCCCCCGUCCGGGUGGAAGUACGUGUGGGAAGCACAUGGGUGAAUGGCAUCUUGAGUUUCCGCUAG